GAUUGGACGACGGCUAUGGAGGAAGCUAGCGAGGCUGGGGGGAGGAGGGGAGACGCAGCCUUAGAGCAUCACUUUCGGCGCUACCUAGACGUCACUUCCGGUGGCUCGGCGCGGAUCGGUACGAUCAACGGACCGCGGAGCACCAUGCCCAAAUUUUACUGUGACUACUGCGAUACGUACCUCACCCAUGACUCUCCAUCUGUACGAAAGACACAUUGCAGUGGUAGGAAACACAAAGAGAAUGUGAAAGAUUACUAUCAAAAAUGGAUGGAAGAGCAAGCUCAGAGCCUGAUCGAUAAAACCACGGCUGCAUUUCAGCAAGGAAAAAUUCCUCCUACUCCAUUCUCUGCUCCUCCACCAGGAGGGGCUAUGAUCCCACCUCCUCCUAGUCUCCGCUUAGAAGUGCAUAUUUUAUAUAUGUUAACACCUCUAACCCCAGGAUGGAUGCUUUCUUUCAGCGGGACCGCCUCGACCUGGUAUGAUGCCAGCACCACAUAUGGGAGGGCCCCCUAUGAUGCCUAUGAUGGGGCCCCCUCCUCCUGGAAUGAUGCCUGUGGGACCUGCUCCUGGGAUGAGGCCUCCCAUGGGAGGCCAUAUGCCUAUGAUGCCUGGACCCCCAAUGAUGAGACCUCCUGCUCGGCCUAUGAUGGUGCCUACUCGACCGGGAAUGACCCGCCCAGACAGAUAAGAAUAAAGGGAAAUCCAUUCAUGUCAUUUUUUAUUCCUUGUUCUACUCCACCCAAACACCAUGGUGCUGCACCUCUGGGGUGUUUCCCAACAGCAUGGCAAGGAAGACUUGCUCUCACUUCUGUCAAAGAAGAAACCGUUUGAAAGGGAGCAGUUGGACAGAAAUGCAGCUUACAUUUAUAUUGUGAUGUGUAAAAAUAAAAAGUAUUGACUGUUUUAGCUAUAGAGGGUUUUUUUUCAAUGAAUUUUGUUGCUGCAAGAUGAAGAAUUCCAUAUGUGACUCUCUAACUUCGAUGUUUAGUUCAUAUUCUCAUUUCAUUGUAUUUUCCCCCCUUAGAUUCUUAUCCCUUAGCUGCAGAACAUUUUCUUAGGGGACUGCCCCCUAGACAAAAGUUCCUUAUGUAUUAUAUGCUUUGUAAAUCUAGCACUUGUAGGCCUUUUAUUGACUCAAAGAAUAAAUAAAAACACACUUUCUUCAUCA